CGAGCCUUCCAAAGCGUCACGAGUGACAGGAAUGGUCAUGGGGAGCUGAGGGAGAAUAACAGUAGUUAGCUAGCAACAGACAACAACCGCAGUUAAUGAAAUAAAUUAGCGACGGUUCGGGCGGCGAGCUACCGGAGGCCACCAUGACAAACAUCACGAAGAAAGUGUCGUGGUCCAGCCGGGCCGAGGAGUCCGGGGCAGCCGGGGAGGGGACACCGCUGCUCAACGGCUCCGAGCAGCCCCGACACUCCAGACAGCUGUCUGGAGGAGGCAGUAUAUUUCAGAUAGGCAGACUCAGCACGGUGGAUUUGGAGGAGGAGAUAACGUCAGAUGAGGAGUCUCUUAGGGGGCGGCCAAAAGAGAUCCCUCAUAAUGAGAAGCUUCUGUCACUUAAAUUUGAGAGUCUGGACUAUGAUAACAUUGAGAACCAGCUGUUUCUGGAGGAGGAAAGGAGGAUGAGUCACAUGGGUUUCCGCUGUCUGGAGAUCAGUCGCUGGGUGGUCUGCGGUCUAAUCGGCUUUCUGACCGGCCUCAUCGCCUGUUUUAUAGAUAUUGUGGUGGAGCAGCUAGCUGGAAUCAAAUACCAAGUGGUCAAAGAGAACAUAGAGAAGUUUACAGAGGUGGGCGGCCUGUCGAUCUCUCUCAUACUCUGGGCGGUCCUCAACUCUGCCAUCGUCAUGCUGGGCGCCAUCAUAGUUGCAUUUUUCGAGCCCAUAGCAGCAGGAAGUGGCAUUCCUCAGAUAAAAUGUUACCUAAAUGGAGUCAAGAUUCCCAGGGUGGUACGACUCAAGACACUGGUGGUGAAAGUGUGUGGUGUUAUCUGUUCUGUGGUCGGCGGUCUUGCUGUCGGAAAGGAAGGACCCAUGAUUCACUCUGGUGCUGUUGUAGCUGCAGGGGUCUCACAGGGCAGGAGCACCUCUUUAAAGAGAGACUUCAAGAUCUUUGAAUACUUCCGGAGAGACACAGAAAAGAGGGACUUUGUGUCUGCUGGAGCCGCUGCCGGAGUCUCAGCUGCUUUUGGAGCACCAGUCGGUGGCGUUCUGUUCUCUCUGGAGGAGGGCGCUUCUUUCUGGAACCAGAUGUUGACGUGGAGGAUAUUCUUUGCCUCCAUGAUCUCAACCUUCACCCUGAACUUCUUCCUCAGUGUCUACCACAACAAUACAGGAGACCUUUCCAACCCCGGUCUCAUCAACUUUGGGCGCUUUGAGAGCGAUAGUGUGGCCUAUAACCUCUAUGACAUUCCCUUGUUCAUCGCUAUGGGAGCUAUAGGUGGAUUGCUGGGAGCUCUGUUCAACGUUCUCAAUUACUGGCUGACCAUCUUCAGGAUCAGGUAUGUUCAUCGCCCUUGUUUACAAGUGAUGGAGGCCAUGUUGGUUGCUGCAGUGACCGCGGCAGUAUCAUUCACCAUGAUCUACUUCUCCAAUGACUGUCAGCCUCUGGGGCCAGAGCACACUGAGGAGUACCCACUGCAGUUGUUCUGUGCAGAUGGGGAGUAUAACUCCAUGGCAACGGCCUUCUUCAACACUCCUGAGAGAAGUGUGCGCAGUCUCUUCCACAACCAGCCAGGAACCUACAACCCACUGACCCUGGGUUUGUUCACCCUGACUUAUUUCUUCCUGGCGUGUUGGACGUACGGCCUGGCGGUGUCCGCUGGAGUCUUCAUCCCAUCUCUGCUAAUAGGAGCAGCCUGGGGAAGACUGUGUGGGAUACUGUUGGCCUCCAUCACAUCUACUGGCUCGAUCUGGGCAGACCCUGGUAAAUAUGCCCUGAUUGGAGCUGCAGCUCAGUUAGGUGGCAUUGUGAGGAUGACUCUCAGUUUGACUGUCAUCAUGGUGGAGGCUACAGGAAAUGUCACAUAUGGUCUUCCCAUCAUGCUCGUCCUCAUGACUGCCAAGAUAGUGGGAGACUAUUUUGUGGAGGGUCUGUAUGAUAUCCACAUCAAGCUACAGAGCGUUCCCUUCCUGCACUGGGAGGCUCCUGCCACCUCCCACUGGUUGACCGCCAGAGAGGUGAUGAGUUCUCCAGUCACCUGUUUGAACAGGAUAGAGAAGGUGGGAACCAUCGUGGACACCCUUAGCAACACGUCCACCAAUCACAACGGCUUCCCAGUCGUCGUGCAGGUCACUGCUGGUGAUGAGCCAGCGAAGCUCUGCGGCCUCAUCCUCCGCUCUCAGCUCAUCGUUCUCCUCAAGCACAAGGUGUUUGUGGAGUUGGCCCGGUCCCGGCUGACGCAGAGGAAGCUCCAGCUGAAGGACUUCAGGGACGCCUAUCCCCGCUUCCCCCCGAUCCAGAGCAUUCACGUCUCCCAGGACGAGAGGGAGUGUAUGAUGGACCUCACGGAGUUCAUGAACGCAACGCCUUACACUGUACCACAGGAAACAUCUCUGCCUCGUGUGUUUAAGCUGUUCAGAGCGCUGGGACUCCGACACCUGGUCGUGGUGGAUGAUGAAAACAGGGUGAUUGGACUUGUGACCAGAAAAGACUUGGCCAGAUAUCACAUGGGCAAACAUGGACUGGAGGAACUUCAGCUGGCCCAGACAUAAUACACCCACACACACACACUCACACUCUUACACACUUGAACUAUGACCACCUGAUGCCUCAUAAGCUCUAUGCAGGACACCAUCGAGGGCCAAGAGGUCUCCCUUAUUCUUUGAUGCCAAAAUGGUCACCGUGACGACACAAGGAAACCCCCGUGUACAGGUCUGUUGGGUCAUUAACGAAAGACACUUUUAAUGUAAAACUGCUCCUGGUGUAAAACAUUUGAAGAAAAAAACGGCUCCCCCGAUCUUUGUGAAAUGUUUUAUCUUGAAAGGAUUCUUGAACUUCCUUUUCUUUCGGUCGUAUAGAAAGUAAUGUAUAAUGAACAGAAAAGAAAAAAUGCCUUAUUGGAGGAUUUUUCCUGCGCUUAUACACAUUCACAGACCUCACCCCAGACACUUAAUGUAUGGGAUAGAUAAAUUCAGAACAACAGGAGAUUUUCAAAAUAAAAUAAAACAGUCACUGCCAGCUUGAGGAGAGAAGUCCCAGUGAGAAGAAUUGAUUUGAUCUGUGUUAGCUUGUACACGGAAAACCCGCUGCUUUUUAUUUGCAAAAACAUUAUAACAUUCAGUAUGUCACUGUCUGUUCUAAAGCCCUGUUUGCACGGGACUGGUAUUACGGGCUGUCCUCAGGAUUUAGAAAUUAACUCCCACAUCUGCACAUCUGGGUUUUGUGUAGAGUUGUUCCUUUACCAAUACCGGAAAUGCCUUCAAUGUUGCUUACAAUGCUGGCUCUGGUAUUGGCGAGUAGGGAUGAGCGAGUUCACCAUUAUCUGUAUCUGUUCAACCAACUAAUCGGUAUCUGUAUCUGUACUUGGAAAUGGUGGGAUUUAACCAGAAGUGGGUGUGACUAAAACUGGAAAUGGGUGGGACUGAACCAGAAGUUGCUAUUGAAGCCUGAAAUUGAUCAGAAGUUGUUGUAUUUAUUAUUUAUCAGAAAACUAUUUACAGAAUGAUCUCAGGAUUGUAUUGUAACUUGUAUAAGCAGCAGUUUUUGUGGAAAUCAAUUCUUUUCGCGGUUCCAAAACAGGAGCCUAAACAGCAAGAUGCACUGUUCAGCCAUUGGCAACUACGAUGCGAUGAAGAUGAAUUGAUUUCCAGUGAAUAGUUUAACGUUGACUUCAAAAUGUCAGCAACUUGGCAAUAUUUUACACUGGAAAGUCCCACUAGUUUUAGGGUUUAACCUGAGCCGUACCAUACAACAACGACAGCAAUAAUUUUGCAUCCAUACAGGGUUAGUAGUGGUACUUGUUACUGACCAAUACAGUGUCAAGUAUCAGAAUUUGUAAUGGGAAAGAAAAAAUGGUAUAGCUUUGUGAGGCAUAUUCACACGGGAUAAGCGAAAUACUGUAGGUAUUUUACUCAAGUUUACGAGCAUUAUUCCCCAAAUAUGAUGAGCAUGCACAUUUGCAACUCCACUUUACACAACAAACACUACACACACCGCUAGCAGUGAUUUACAGCAUUAACCUCCUUCAUUCAUUUCUUUUUUUAAUGUGGGUUACAAAAACAGAACCGAUACUGCCACCUCCUGCACCUGAAUGCUGUCACAACUUUCAUUUUGAAUCACACAGUCUACAUAACUUUACAUAAAAAGAGGCAGAAACGAGGCGCGGAGGAAAAAAAAACCCAAGAUGUGACCCCAGCGGGACUUAUUUUAUCACAUGACCUCUGUGUUUGGUGAAAUAUCUCGGUAAUUUGCAGAAGAUUUUUUUCUUGACAAAUCAAUUAACACAAAUUACUAGAAAAUAUUUCAGUGACCUGAAAACAGGAAGUUACACAAUACAGUAACAACCAUAAACAGGAACCACAACCUUUAGACAUUU